AUGAGCUUCGCCGGCGCCGACGCGCUGCUGGGCGCCCCGUUCGCGCCGCUGCCCGGGGGCGGCGGCCUGCACUUCGCGCUGGGCCGGAAGGGCGCGCGCUCGGCCGCCGGCUCGUCCAGCGGCUUCCACUCGUGGGCGCGUUCGGCGUCCGUGAGCUCCGCCGCGUCCGCCUCGCUGGACACGCUGAGCAACGGGCCUGAGGGCGGCGCGAUGGCGGCGGGGUCGGGGCGCAGCAGCAGCGAGAAGGAGCAGCUGCAGGUGCUCAACGACCGCUUCGCGGGCUACAUCGACAAGGUGCGGCAGCUGGAGGCGCACCACCGCAGCCUGGAGGGCGAGGCGGCGGCGCUGCGGCAGCAGCAGGCGGGCCGCGCGGCCAUGGGCGAGCUGUACGAGCGCGAGGUGCGCGAGAUGCGCGGCGCCGUGCUGCGCCUGCGCGCGGCGCGCGGCCAGCUGCGCCUGGAGCAGGAGCACCUGCUGGAGGACAUCACGCACGCGCGCCAGCGCCUGGACGACGAGGCCCGGCAGCGCGAGGAGGCCGAGGCGGCGGCGCGCGCGCUGCUCCGCUUCGCGCAGGAGGCCGCGGCGGCGCGCGCCGAGCUGCAGAAGAAGGCGCAGGCGCUGCAGGAGGAGUGCGGCCACCUGCGGCGCCGCCACCGCGAGGAGGUGGCCGAGCUGCUGGGCCAGCUCCAGGGCUGGGGCGCCGCGCAGGCCCAGGCGCAGGCCGACGCGCGCGACGCCCUCAAGUGCGACGUGACGUCCGCGCUGCGCGAGAUCCGCGCGCAGCUCGAGGGCCACGCGGUGCAGAGCACGCUGCAGUCGGAGGAGUGGUUCCGAGUGAGGCUGGACCGGCUGUCCGAGGCGGCCAAGGUGAACACAGACGCCAUGCGCUCGGCACAGGAGGAGAUAAGUGAGUACCGGCGCCAGCUGCAGGCCAGGACCACCGAGCUGGAGGCCCUCAAAGGCACCAAGGACUCGCUGGAGAGGCAGCGCUGUGAGCUGGAGGACCGGCACCAAGCCGACCUCGCCUCCUACCAGGACGCUAUCCAGCAGCUGGACGCCGAGCUGAGGAACACCAAGUGGGAGAUGGCGGGACAGCUCCGGGAGUAUCAGGACUUGCUCAAUGCCAAGAUGGCUCUGGAUAUUGAGAUUGCGGCUUACAGGAAACUCCUGGAGGGUGAAGAGUGUCGGAUUGGCUUUGGCCCCUUCUCCCUCCCAGAGGGACUCCCUAAAGUCCCUUCCACGGCCACUCACAUAAAGGUCAAAAGCGAGGAGAAGAUCAGGGUGGUGGAAAAGUCAGAGAAGGAAACGGUGAUCGUGGAGGAACAGACGGAGGAGAUACAGGUGACCGAAGAAGUGACUGAGGAAGAGGAGAAAGAGGACAAGGAGGAGGAGGGCGAGAAGGAACAGGGAGAAGAGGAGGAAGCAGAAGGGGGAGAAGAAGCCACAGAGUCUCCCCCUGCGUCCCCAGAGAAGGAGGCCAAGUCUCCAGAGAAGGAAGAGGCCAAGUCACCGGCCAAGGCCGAGACCCCCGUGAAAGAAGAGGCAAAAUCGCCAGCUGAGGGGAAGUCCCCUGAGCAGGCUAAGUCCCCAGCGAAGGAAGAGGCUAAGUCCCCAGCAAAGGAGGAAGCCAAGUCCCCAGAGAAGGCCAAGACCCCGGUGAAGGAAGAGGCAAAAUCGCCAUCUGAGGUCAAGUCCCCAGAGAAGGCCAAGACCCCGGUGAAGGAAGAGGCAAAAUCGCCAUCAGAGGUCAAGUCCCCGGAAAAGGCCAAGACCCCGGUGAAGGAAGAGGCAAAAUCGCCAUCAGAGGUCAAGUCCCCGGAAAAGGCCAAGACCCCGGUGAAGGAAGAGGCAAAAUCGCCAUCAGAGGUCAAGUCCCCGGAAAAGGCCAAGACCCCGGUGAAGGAAGAGGCAAAAUCGCCAUCAGAGGUCAAGUCCCCAGAAAAGGCGAGCUCUCCGAUGAAGGAAGAAGCCAAGUCCCCCGAGAAGGCCAAGACUCUUGAUGUGAAGUCCCCAGGAGCCAAGACACCGGUGCAGGAGGAAGUACGGUCCCCUGCAGACAUCAAAUCUCCCGUAAAGCCCAAAAGUCCUGGCAAGGAGGAGGCCAAAUCUCCCGUGAAGGAGGAGGCCAAGGCUCCCGAGAAAGAAGUCUCCAAGAAGGAAGAGGUCAAGGCCCCCCCGAAGGAAGAAGAGAAACCGCAGGAGGUGAAAGUCAAAGAGCCCCCAAAGGCGGCGGCGAAAGAGAAAGCUCCAGCCGCACCGAAAACCGAGGAGAAGGACAGCAAGAAAGAUGAGGGGCCCAAGAAGGAGGCUCCCAAGCCCGAGGAGAAGCAGGAGAAGCCCAAAGAGCCCGCAGCUGAGGCCAAGAAGGAUGAGGCUGAGGAUAAGAAAAAAGCGGCGACUCCGGAGAAGGAGGCUCCUGCCAAGAAGGAAGAGGCGAAAGCCAAAGAGAAGACGGAGGCGGACAAGAAGGAACCAGAUGACGCCAAGGCCAAAGGACCCAGCAGAGCCGCAGAGAAGGGGCCAGAAAAGCCAAAGAAGGAAGAGGCGUCAGCGGUACCCGAGAAAAAAGACGCCAAGGAGGAGAAGGCCACCGAGGCCAAGAAGCCCGAGGAGAAACCCAAACCAGAGGCCCAAGCCAAGGAAGAUCCCAGCAAGGAGGCCCCCGCACCCAGCAAGGCCAAGACGGAAAAGGCCGAGAAGUCCUCCAGCACAGACCAGAAGGACAGCAGGCCCCCGGAGAAGGCCGCCAAGGGGGAGAAGUAG